AUGGAAAAGGAAAUGACAUUUAAAACUUUAAAAAAUCCAAUAAUCAUCUUUGAGGAUGAUGAAGAUUUCGAGUGUGCCGGUGACGAAGUCCUGGUGGAGUCCUCACCGCCCGACUCGCCCGACAUGGCGGCGCGCCUCGCUGCUCCAGCGCAGGGCGCCGCCACGGGGGCUGAAAACUCGUCAGAAACUACUACGGUGCGGGAGCUCAUUGUCAUCCCGGAGCUACCGAACUCCAUACACCUGCAGCAUGCUAUACAGCAGGUGCCAAACACGGUGGUGGAGGUGAACGGAGACAGCUCGGGUCACUCCAGCCCCACCACUGACGCCCAGCACACCUUCAUCGCAGUAGCUAGUGAGGGAGGCAAUGGAGUCAACUAUCACGUACAGUACGUCGAGCCGCAGGAGAUUUAUACGCAGACCCACCAGACUCAUAUGGAUCCGCUACGGUCGUACCCGGUGUACGGCGUGGCGAGCGUGGGCAACGGCGCGGUGGGCGCAAGUGUGGGCGUGGGCGUGGAGGGCGCGGCGGAGGGCGCGUGGGCGGGCGAGUUCACGUUCGGGGCGGAGGCGGGGGCGGGCGGAGUUGCAGGCGCGGGGGUGGGUGGGGCGGCCGAGCCCGACGCACCUGCCUCACCCGCGCCCGCGCACCGCAUGCCACCCGCCACCGUGCAGUGGCUGCUCGAUCACUACGAGACCGCCGAGGGCGUGUCUCUGCCGCGGUCUACUUUGUACGCGCAUUACUUGCGGCACUGCGCGGCGCAUCGGCUCGAGCCGGUGAACGCGGCGUCGUUCGGCAAGCUGAUCCGCUCCGUGUUCGUCGGGCUGCGCACACGCCGGCUUGGCACCAGAGGCAACUCCAAGUACCACUACUACGGGAUCCGUGCCAAGCCCGGCGUGGCCGAGCCCGCUAACGCCUCGCCCAAGCCCGAACUCGGCGACGCGCAGGAGUCGCAGUCGCGCGAUGGAGAGCAGAGCCCGGUGGGGGGAGUGGCUGGUGCGGUGGCGGGGGCGGGGGGCACGCACCGCCAGUACCUGGGCUGCGUGACGCCGCCCGACCCGCCCGAGCUGGACAUCGACGACCUGCCCGAAGACGUGCCGCAUUCGGCCCUGGAGGGACUGAGGAAACAUCACCGGAUGCACGGCGUGGAAUUCCUGGCAGCGGUGGCGGGAUUGGACACGGUGGCGGUGGAGCGUGCACGGCGCGCGUUUUGGCGGCGCCCCGUGGCGCUGUGCCGCCGCGCCCUGCUGCGCCUGUGUGCGCGCCGCGACGUAGCGCGCUGGCUGCGCGCCGCCGAGCUGCAGCUGCACCAGCGCGCCGUCGACCUGCUGCUGCCCGACGUGCUUCGCCCCAUCCCGCCGCACCUCACGCAGGCGAUCCGCAACUUCGCUAAGAGCCUGGAGUCUGCGCUGGCCGCGGGGGCGGGCGGCGCCCCGGCUGUGGCAGCGCGCGCGCAGGCCGUGGCUGCGGCCGCGCUGGCCGCCGCGCUGCGCCGCUACACCUCGCUCAACCACCUGGCGCAGGCCGCGCGCGCCGUGCUCACCAACCACAACCAGAUCCAGCAGAUGCUGGCGGACCUGAACCGGGUGGACUUCCGCGUGGUGCGCGAGCAGGCCGCCUGGGCCUGCGCCUGCGGCAGCGCCGCCACCGCGCAUCGCCUCGAGGCAGACUUCAAGGCGACGCUGGGGCGCGGGGCGACGCUGGAGCAGUGGGCGGCGUGGCUGGAGAAUUGCGUGCGCAACGCUCUUGCCAUACACGAGCGCCGCAGCGACUACACGGCACGCGCGCGCCGCCUGCUGCUCGACUGGUCCUUCUACUCGUCGCUCGUCAUACGCGAGCUCACGCUGCGGUCGGCGGCGUCGUUCGGUUCAUUCCACCUGAUCCGGCUGCUAUACGACGAGUACGUGUCGUACCUGAUCGAGCGCCGCGUCGCCGCGCACCGCCAGCACCCGCCCAUCUCCGUCAUGCCGCGCGCACUGGACGACGAAGAAGAUGAUUUGCUCGAAGAAGCUCGAGACGGCGAAGACGACGAUAUGGACCAGGAUCAGGAUCUUGAGGCCGAGCUGGAUAAUGAUAAUGAACAGGAUCAAGACAACGACAACGACCAGGACUGGGAGUGGGCCGAUGACGAUGACGACGAUGAUGACCAGCCCAUCGAAACAAAGAAGACCAAGCUCCAUAACUAG